CACGCACCUGGGGAUGAGGACUAGCUGCAGUGUGUUUUCCGAAGGGGAGACUGGCUUUACCGCCGUGGAACACACAACUGAUAAUUAAUUUAAUUGCCUUAAAACAUUCCUUUAAAAAGCUUUUGAGUGUCACUUUCGACCCAUAUUGAGUCUGACGCGAGGGCUUAGCGUGUUUCGGUUUGAGUCCAGACAUCAGCAGCGCUUUGCCCCUUCUGUUCAUUUUACAUUCGCGACACUGCUGCAGCACUGGUCGAAGAGGACCAAAGCUCUGCAGCGCACUGAAGACAAGGAUUUCACCGUCGUGUUCUUGAUGGACAGAGAAUGCCAUCGCUGGCAGAGCAGCUGCACAACCUGCGAAGUCGGACUCAAGUGUGUCUGUACUCUGGGGGCACAGUGGUGGAGAUGCGGGCUGGAGUGAUGGCCAUGGCUAGUUUGCCUUUACCACCCUGCUCCAAAUACUGCCACAUUGCUGCAGAGACCAUGGUCAUAGAAAAUAGCUUUGGUAGCAACAGAAAGGAGACUCUUGCAUCUCUUCAGCGUUUGUCUACAGCACUGAACAUCUUGGAAAAGUACGGCUGUAAUUUGACAAAUCCCAACAGGCCAAAGUACUGGAGGACAGUGAAACACAACAACCCGGUUUUCAGGGCCACCGUUGAUGCUAUUCAGGGGGGACGAACUGUGCUUGGUUUAUAUGGUUACUCCAAUCAGCAGCGAGAUGGACUCAGUUUCCCUGAUGAUGUCACAGAUCCUGAUGUGGGCAGAGUUGCUGCAGUAACUCUAGAAGUAAUGAGCCUGAGGAUGGAACUUGAAAUGCUUAUUAAGGAGGCUCAUCCCCAGCCUGAGUUCUAUGAGAGAAUCAUCCCUACACUGAGACACAAGGAUGUGGGUCUCAACACUGAUACUGUGAUCAACUCCUCCUCCUCCUCCACUGUGUGUCACCCAGACAACCAGACCAAGUCUCUAGCCAUCUCCCAUUGCUCCUCGAAUGAGAACAGCUAUGGUCAUUCUCUGUCUACCAAACACCAAAGUCUAAGACCAAUUAAAGCAUUUGCCACCUCCUCAAACAAACAAUCAGUGAAUUGCACUAUUUGUGGAAUACUCCGUAUCUCUGCUCACUGCCUCACCUGCCUCCAGGGGCUCUGCUCAGACUGUGACAGACUGUAUCACUCCUGUCCUGAGAGAGUUAACCAUCAUCGAACAGCCAUCACAUCAUUAUCAUCAUCAUCUAAAAGCAGGAGCAGUCGCAGUUCUUCCACCUGGCAAUGCCUCCUCUGCACUAAAGUCAGCUCUGUCCAGGAUUUGCUAUGUGUAGAGUGUGAGCGCCUUCGCUUGGAAUCUAUGAGCUCAAAACUGGAUGAAUGUCAACCUGCCACUGUCACUGAGUGGCAUUGUAAGAGCUGUACAAUGGUGAAUGCAGCCAGCAGUAUUCUGUGUGAGGUGUGUGAAAGACCUCGUUUGGCCACACGACCUCCAGUGACCCUGUCACGUCCACCAAUCACACCCCCAAGACCACCAGCACCAGUACUGGGUAUGCCCGGUGAUCCUGACAGCCAGUGGGUGUGUCAGUUCUGCACCUAUCUAAACUACUCUCCUGCUACAGUGUGUGAAAUAUGUGACCUGGCUCGUCCAGAGCCUGCACCCCUCCCUUUGAAGCUCUGCCCUCCCUCUCCAGUCAGACGGGUCCCAGCCCUGCCAGUCAAGCCAGCUCCUGAAGACCUAGACUCAUGGAGGCAGAAGCUGAUGAAGGAGGAGGGACUGAAACUGAUUCAGUUAAUAAGAGAUGGAGAGAAGAAAGGACUGAGUCCAGAGGAAGUGUACACAAGCAUGAAGGUAGCUGGGUACAGCAGCAUCCUCACCUGCAAGUGGUUAAAAGCAGAACUUCCUGUGGUGUUGGACCAGAUCGUGGUGUUGGUGGCAUCAUCCUCCCAACAAUCUGUCCUUGAGCAGACCAUAACUGAACCCACAAAAACACCAUUUGAAGGCCCUGUUGUGGAUGGUGGGAGAGCAGUAGACCUUGCAGAAACAAAAUGUGGGAUCCAGCUGUCCCGGGCAGAAGCCAAGCAGGCCUGGUUGAUGGCAGGAGGUGACACUGAGAGAGCUGCCAAACAAGCUCUGAGAGACAGACUCACUAAGGUAAAAGAGAUGUGUGGGCUGGGCUUCAGUGAUGAAAACUGUUGUCAUGAGUUUUUGAGGCGGAGCAGUGGUGAGGUGAGAGGGGCAUUGGCCCUGUUGCAGCGACCCCUUCUGGAGCCCUUUCACAAGCGCAUUUGGAGUGACAAGCCAGAGCCUCCUGUAGAAAUCCAUCACCCUGACAAACAGCGCAUAUGUCGGAGGCUACUAGCAGUAUAUGAUCUCCCCAGCUGGGGUCGCUGUGAGCUGGCUCUGUCCCUACUUCUCGAGCACAGCGCCCCCUACUCACUGGAAGAUGUACUGCAGGCUGUACGAGAGUCUCAUGACAGGGAAUUUAUCAAAAGAGUACUGGCUAAAGAGUGUCCCAUUUGCCUCUCGUUUUUUCCGCACAGCAAGAUGCAGUCUCUGACAUCGUGCCAGUGUUCUGUGUGUUGUGAUUGUUUCCAGCAGCACUUUACCAUUGCUGUAAGAGACAAACACAUCAGAGACAUGGUGUGUCCAGUCUGCUGGGAGCCUGACAUCAAUGAUCCUGAGCACCUCAAUAGCUAUUUCUCCACCCUGGACAUCCAGCUCCGAGAUUGUCUGGAGCCAGAAGUCUAUGAGCUGUUCCACAAGAAGCUGACAGAACAGGCUCUAAUCAAGGACCCCAAGUUCCUCUGGUGCUGUCAUUGUUCGUAUGGGUUUAUCUAUGAUGGAGAACAGCUGAGAGUAACCUGUUUUCAAUGUCGAAACAGUUUCUGUGCUCAGUGUAAGAAGCCUUGGGAGCCUCAGCAUGCAGGUCUGUCCUGUGAACAGUACCAGUCGUGGAAGAGAGAGAAUGAUCCAGAGUAUCAGAGACAAGGCCUGGCUGGAUACCUUAGAGAGAACGGAAUCACCUGUCCUAACUGUCGCUUUCAGUACGCACUGUCUAAAGGAGGCUGCAUACAUUUCUGCUGCUCACAGUGUCGUUACCAGUUCUGCAGUGGCUGCAACAAUCCUUUCCACACUACUUGUGCAGUGAGUGAAUGCAGUGUGUCUGGACUACAUGCCCAUCAUCCCAGAGACUGUCUGUUCUAUCUGAGGGACUGGGAACCUUCCAAACUGCAGGAUUUACUACAGAAUAAUGGAGUGGCCUUCAACACUGAACCUCCUCUUGGGAUGCAGACAGGUCUGUGUGGAGUGAUAGAGCAGAAGGAUGAGGGAGGGCAGCAGCCUGAUUCAGCCUGUGGAGCUCUGACCCAACCUGGACAUGCUGGACUCUGCGAAAAGCAUUACCGGGAGUACUUGGUCAGCUUAAUCAACAACCACUCCAUCGACCCUGCCCCCCUCUACAACUGCAAUGAGCUUCUCUUGGCCUGCAAGAGAUACAAAGUGGAUGACACCCCCAGGAAUGAGGAGGACGUCUUAACCUUCUACAACAGAUUACUUGAGAAACUGAUGGAUGAAGUACCACUUGGUGACAAGGUGCCUCGCAAGAAAUAAAGAAUGCUACUUACUGUUUCCUGCAGUUUAAGUCAUUUUGACCUUUCAACCUAAAACUUAAAAAUGUGGAUGAAAUAACAACUGUGUCCUUAGACUUUAAUUUAAUUUAAAUAGAUUUAAAAAUGUUAGCUCCUGUUCCUGUGAUGGUGUAAAUGCAGAAGCAUUUUCUACCUGGAUGGUUUUAGUUUUAUUUGAUCAAGAAAUUACUGAGAAAAUGAGACAUCUGCACACUUCAGAAUCAGAAUCAGCUGUAUUGGCCAAGUGGUCAUUUAUGUGUGCAAUGACAAGGAAUUUGACUCCAGUCACUUUGCUCAGUGGUACAAAAGAAAAAAAAACACUUAAAUAAGCAUAUAAAUAAAAGAAAAUAGAAAAACUGUGUAACAUAAAUUAGACUUUCAGAAUAAAAUAAUAAUAGAAGCAGAUAUACACAAUGAACUUGUAUAUAGGCUACAUGUAAUGAGAGUUAUUGUGAGAAUAGAUAGAGUUCAUCAGAGCGACAGCCCGGGGAAAGAAACUGUUUUUGUGCCGGAUGGUUUUGGUGUACAGUGCUCUGGGAUGUGAGGGGGUACCAGCCUGCUUCUUGACCCUGGACCAGACAAGGUCCUGGAUGGCAUAGUACCGCCAUCUUGGAUCUCUGUCACUUGCAUGUGACAAUAGUUUUGAUGAACCAUUUAAUGGCAUGAAGAAAAAUGGAAUAUUGAUUAACUGAAUAUAAAAGUCUUUGUUGUUACAGUCACUUUCUUUCAGAAACGAAUGAGGCAGUAUUUUGGAAUGGAAACUUUGACAUUGGUUGUGAUUAAAUGAAGUCAGCGUCCAUCUUCUUAACCACCAGGUUACACUGACCAGCUAACUGGCAGUAUACAAUAGCCUAUACAUGAAUAAGCAAAAUAUUGGGUUGCACUGGAUAGUCAAACAAUCAAUAUGCUCACAAUGGAUUUUUAUGCUUCAAAUGCUGUUGUUAAAAACAUUUACAUAGCUGAGACAAUGAAUGAUGGAACUGAUCUUCAACAACUAUUGUUUAGCUGUAUGUCUUAAUUCCAGAAUGCACAGAUGGCUCUGUAAAAUAUUCCCUGUAUCAAAUAUGCUGUUAGUGUUUUUUUCCCAGACAACAUCCUGAAGGUAUGCACAGCAAUUGACUGGUCAGUGGUCACACUGUUGGCAGGGUUUGAUUUCUCCUGCUCUUGAGCAGGUUAGCAGGGUAGCAGCCUGGGAAACCCAAGUUAAGCCCAACGAUAUCUGACUUACUCACCAUCUUCACUCUAUUGUUGUCUUGGCGUCAGAUGAUGUCACCACCUUACAGUUUGUUUGUGUCCAAUUAACUAAUUUGAUUAAGUGCUGUAAAAGUGUGAUUGAUAGGGAACAGCACCCUUAACUUGACAAAUGUGAAUGUGAAAAAGUGAUGAUGUAAACUGCUUUUCCUGUCUUUCUGCAUGUAUGUUGAUGUCUGUGUAACCUACUUUGUCCAAAUAAAUGUUAAUAGUAGUAGAUAAUAGUAAUUAUUAAUAAUAGUAGACUGAUGACCUUUUUUUUACAGUUACACACAUUCACCUGGUCAAGAUGUGGUUACUAUUUGGUCAACCUCAGCUGAAUAAUGCCAUCACACAAACAAUGCCAAUCUGGCGAUGGGACACUGUUUUUAGCUGACCAACUCCAAAACAGGGUGUGUAUGAGAGCCUGACUGCAUUCAUCUGGAUCCCUCCAGGCUCUUGCAUGCUUUCAGUGAUUCCAGGGGACAUGAAACACUAAACAUAGUUACUGUAUGUUAAAGAAGGUCUCUCAUACUAAAAAGAUUAUAGAAGUUUUAACACUGAUGGCCAAAGUAUUUUCAAAAUUGUACUAUUUAAGUUUCAGUGCUAAAACACGGGGCGCCGCUAUUACUGUUGUGUUGCCAAACGUCAUUGGAUUGGUUUGCCCAAUUUGCGGUCGCACUGAGCAGCUACAUAUACAUUGAAAAUGACAGGGAAAAAUAAGGAGAUUACAAAAAAGAUUAAAGGAGGCAUAAUCUGCAUUGUUCCUGGAUGUUAACAUGAGUUUUAUAAAGUUAAUGACUGGGAGAAACCUGUUCAUUUUCAUUAUUUACCACUGACAUUCUCAAGACUCACCUUUUUAACUGAGUCACCUUUUAUUCUUAUUUAUUUAUGCUCUUAUUAUUUAUAUUAUUUAUGUAUCUAUUUAAGUAUGCUUUUAUGUAUUCUGAUUCUGAUUUACUGUUUUUAAUUGCUCUUAUUUAUUUAUUUGUUUGUUCAUUCCUUUCAGUAUUAUUCAUAUUUUACUCUGUUAGUUUUUAGCUCCACUCCAGGAGCUAUGUUUGGCCUGCCUACAGGGGUGCCGUCCUGGGAGUUGUCCUGGCCUGGAGUGGGCCUGUCUUGGUCAGGGUGGUCUCUGUGCGGGUGUCCUCUGUGGCUGUGGCCUGUGGCACCUCUCGGUGUGGGCGGCUCCUAACGAAUGGUGUUUCCUCCUGUUUGGGGAAUAUGGACGUGUCUAGUACGCUGUGUGUUUGUUUUUAAUGUAAUGCACUUUGUGUUGCAUUUUUUAUGUAUGAAAAGUGCUCUAUAAAUAAAGUUUGAUUUAUUUGA